CAGGCCUCGGGCGACACUUCUCGCCAGAAGCCCAGGCAGCAUGGCCCUCGCUCCUGUGUGGGUGUUUCUGCCGCUGGUCGCCCUGGCCUGGGGCCAGUACGGCGACUACGGCCACCCGUACCAACAGUACCACGACUACAGCGACGACGGGUGGGUGAACCUGAACCGGCAGGGCUUCAGCUUCCAGUGCCCGCAGGGGCAGGUGGUGGUGGCUGUGAGGAGCAUCUUCAGCAAGAAGGAAGGCUCGGACCGCCAGUGGAACUACGCAUGCAUGCCCACGCCCCAGAGGCUGGGGCAGCCCACCGAGUGCUGGUGGGAGGAGAUCAACAGAGCUGGCAUGCAGUGGUACCAGACGUGCUCCAACAAUGGGCUGGUGGCCGGGUUCCAGAGCCGCUACUUCGAGUCGGUGCUGGACCGGGAGUGGCAGUUCUACUGCUGUCGCUACAGCAAGAGGUGCCCCUAUUCCUGCUGGAUGACGACGGAGUACCCGGGUCACUACGGCGAGGACAUGGACAUGAUUUCCUACAACUACGAUUACUACAUGCGAGGGGCGGCCACCACGUUCUCCGCCGUGGAGAGGGACCGCCAGUGGAAGUUCAUAAUGUGCCGGAUGACCGACUACGACUGUGAAUUCUCGAAUGUUUAGACUCCCAGCAGCACCAGAUCCGGGCAGGGGAGGGGAGGGGCGGGGGCAGGGCGGCCACCUCUGGUAACAGUCAGCUGGACCCUGAGAGGCCCCUGCCACCGCCCCUUCUCCGCUUCCGAAGCCUUUCCGACUAGUAUCACACCUGUAAUCAGACCCACCGCGGAACCUCGAUUCUCACUUUCAACCCGUCCACACCAGCCGUUGUGCAGGCCUGACCACGGCUUUCCCGCAUGCACGCUCACAGCCGGGCCGGGCGCCUGGUCAGAGCUGCCCCGGGCGGAAGGGUGGCUCGAAGGGCAGGCGGAGCAGGUGGCUUUGCAGAUUAGAAGCCGGGUCCUCACGGGGGGAGGCACACUGCAUCCCCCCCCCCCCAGGGCACAACUAUCCUGGAAGUUCAGCGCUCGACUCUGCUCUGGGGGUGAGGACCCUGGGAGGAGAACUGAGAAGCAGGUGGGGGGAGGCUUUGGGGGUGGAACUGAAGGACAGGGUUGGAAGAGUUUCCUGGGGGAAGAGGCUGUCAGACGAGGCCAGAGAACUGGACUCAGGCGAGUGCCCCAGUAGGAAGGAGAGUGUGCGGGUUGCAUUGGGAAUCGGAACAGGUUCGAGUUGCUGGCACCUGGAGGCGUGGUCAGACCUGGGAAGGGUCCUGAUUUUUUGGAUGGCACAGGCUGCCCCGAGGGUCUGCUCCGCUUCUCUGAGUAGUUCAGGGGGGUCUUUGGCAGAGGUGGCACUACCUUCCUCCCCCUUCAGUGAGUCUGUCCCCAGGCCUGUGUACUCUGUCCAUUAUAAAAGGAAUAAAAAUAGGAACAUUCACCACGCUGCAAA